AAGAAAAAAUGAUCAACUUCUUUUCAAAUGAUCAACUAGAGAAGUGAAGAAGCGAAAUUUUUGGAAGAUACAAAUGCAAAAAAGCAAAAUCUCAAAUGGUAAGAAAUCCUUGAACAUUUUUGGUGGCAAUCGAUAAACAAGGUGGAGUUAAGAGAGUAAUCACGUUUCUCGAAGAAGUUGAUCGCCAUGAAUUCCAAUUCUGAAAUUGGUGCAGCGAUCAUCGAGGCUGCUGCUAAAGGAGACCUUAAAAAACUCAAGGCAAUUAGAAAAAAGGUUAAUGAUGUGUGGGAGUUCCGGAAAAUAUGCGAUGAAUAUAGUGAUUUCUCCACUGGCCGGACUGUAUUGCAUCUCGCGGCUGGAAUUGGUCAUUUUGAAAUGUGCAAAUUCUUGAUAAACAGCGUCGGAGUUGAUAUUGAUGCCUUUACUUACAAGAGGCAUACUCCUAUAUCAGAAGCUGUGAUAGGGGGGCAUAACAAAAUUGUGGAGUUUCUCAUCAAACAGGGUGCCGAUGAUGGUAUUCCAAAUACUGUGGGAUCGACUCCGUUGCAUUAUGCACUUCUAAAAGAUAAUAGUAAGCUUGUGGAAUUGUUGGUGGCAGAAGGUGCUUUGUUAGAUGAAGAUUCUUUAGAUGGAACACCUUUACAAAUUGCUGCCUCUCGUGGAAAUCUUAAGGCUGUCAAGUCUCUCUUGUAUUGGGAUGCAGAUCCAAAUUUUUAUGCUGCAGUUGAUGACGGCCCUCUUGUAUGUGCAGUCAAGUCUCGCUCAUUAGAAUCCCUGGCAUUUCUGCUUGCGGCUAAAGCGAACCCAAAUAUGAAUGACAGUGGGUUAAGUCCUUUGGGAUUUGCUGCAAAAGAAGCCGACACAAGAUUUCUCAAGUGUUUGCUUCGAUCUAAAGCAGAUCCAAAUUUUGUUCAAACAGAUAUCUAUAAACCAAUUGAGGAGGCUGCUAUGGUGCAUAAUCGUGCAGCUGUGGAGAUUUUGUUUCCAGUGACUGCGCGGCUUCCACAUUAUCCAAAUUGGACUGUUGAUGGCAUAAUCGAGUACACUCAUUCUGAAGAAUUUAAAACAAUGAAUGAGGAGAAAUUGACUGAGUGCUUGACUGAACUAGAGCUCGCAGGGAUGCGUGACGCAAGCCAUAAGGAUUACUACAAUGCAAUCAUUAAAUAUAAAAGGGCUAGUGUUCUUGAUCCAUCUAAUCCGAGAUGGGUUUCAAAGCGAUGCUUGUGGUCAGCACACUUUGGUUCAGGCGGUUAUGCUAUGAUGGAUGCACUGAGAUGGAUUAGACUGAAGCCAGACCUCCCCGUCCCUCACCACGGAGGAGAAAAUGCUGUUGCAGCUAAUGUGAUAUUCAAGAAAUUCCUCAUGGCAGGCCUUGCCUUCUUGUUGGAUCCUAGCAACGAAGAUAAAUGUAGUGCAUUUGGAUUUGGUUUGUUUAAUUACUUUGCCUUGCUGUGUGAGAUGAGCAGCCCCCUCGAGAUUUUGGAGUUGUAGAAUUCGUGGUGUAGAUAACAAUGGAUCAUAAAUCUAUUGUCACACUCAUAUAGGAGUACAUUUUGAUUCAUGUUUUCCUUCAAAUAAACAAUUAGAAAUCCAGAUACUAUCACUACCUCAAUUUGGUUGUUGACAUUGAAUGAAUAAUGAUUCAAUGGUGCUGCAUCUUUUAGUUA